CUCUGUGGUUUCGACCCCACUGACCGUCCACGUUUUUUUUUUGACUUGAAUUGUUUACAGUCGUAUUUACAAGGGGUGCUCUUGUCCUGAAGAAGCAUCGUCUCUUUCCCAUACACAGCCUCUCAUUCCACACGCCUGCUUGAGGACACAGCCCUUGAGGAAAUAGUCAGGAGUUCUCCGCACGAACCGUACCUGCGAUUCCACCGAAAUAGCGCCUGGCCGAGCCCGCCUGGCAUCAUUCCAAUCCGAAUCUCACGAUCGCUCCGGUGCUGAUUGAUUUUCUUGAAGCACAUAGAAAAGAACAUGAGAAAUGAAGUCGAAGUUCCGCGUCACUCUGCUCAUCAUAGCAUGGGUACUAUGUCUAUCUUACAUGUUCUGGCCCAAUUCAUCGUACCAAAGCGUGCCUUUUGAGCAGAUUGUGCCUAGUGUGAUAUCUGCUGUUGGGCCGUACUCACAUGCCCACGAGAAAUGCCAGAAAUACUUUGACUUCGUAAGAGCCCUGGCCACUUCUCGGCCAUCCGACUCGCGAUACUUGACCAGUCGCCAGAUCGCUAACCAUGUGGACCACCUCCGUGUAUAUUUGAAGUGCCACUUGGACUUCCAGCUUGACGAAACACGUGACUCGGCUCUCAUGGGGGCCGAACUCCUACCCAUGUUUUCUGGUGACCUCCCGCUCAUCGCACACCAUGACUGGGCACCCUUUGUGCUUGGUCGGGGAUUCUAUUGGUCACGCUAUGUCAACAUGUCCAGGGGCAGAGGGAUUGUUGUCAGUCUAGACGAUGCCAAUACUGAGUUUGCCUGCCGCUUACUUCAAGUACUCCAUCAUUUAGGGAAUACCCUCCCCAUUCAAGUCAUACAUAAAGGUGAUUUGUCGGCAGCUUCAAUAAGCUUGCUAAAGCUGGUGACGAAAGGCAAGCAAAUUGUGGAAUUCAUGGAUGUUUCCCCCACACUAAGAAGUGGGUUCAGCCAAGUUUUCCGUGGGUAUAACAACAAGUGGUUCGCUGCUCUUUUCAGCACUUUCGAGGAGAUCAUUCUCGUAGAUGCAGAUGUCGUCCCCUUCGUGAAGCCCGAAACCUUCUUUGAUUUCGAUGGAUACAAACGUACUGGGGCAUAUUUCUUCAAGGAUCGCGAGUUGUCUGAAACACUUUCCAACUCACAGUUUGAGUUUUUCUCAUCGAUAAUACCCAGAAGUGACGAGCUUUUCAAUGUGUCGAUUGAUUGCUCAAAGUUUGACAACAACUUUUUCAAUUUCAAGUCUAAGCAUGUCAUGGAAAGUGGUGUCGUUGUUCUCAGAAGAAGCUCCCAUCUUCUGGGCAUCAUAAUAUCCUUGGCUCUUCAAUAUUGGUUCAAGUCAGGAAGGAUCAUGUGCGGAGACAAAGACUUGUUUUGGCUCGGCCAACUAAUAAGUGGAAAUUCUAAUUUUCAUUUCAACGAAAUAUCCGCCGCUGCCGUCGGAGUAAUGGAAACCAACAACACCGUCUGCUCCACUCAGAUUGGUCAUUUCAGCAAGGAAAGAGAGCUUCUUUGGACAAACGGAGCUCUAAACGUUUGCAAAAGAGAUUCUUGGCUCGUAGAUUUCUUGCUGUAUCCGCAUUUGAGGAAAAAGUUCAACUACUCCAUUUUUGAUUUGCGAGACAACUAUAAGAGCCUGGUUGAAAUCAAGCAUGCAGCUCUUCCGGCUUCUAUAGAACACCUUAAUGAGCGAAACCUGUCGAACAUCACAUCACGCUUUGUCAAGGAUCGCAGUCGGGGCUGUGGCGGUAUCUACUACUGUGCGUCUAGUGACGAAGGUGGAGAAAUCAUCGAGUUUUCUGAAGAAAAAAAACUUCAAUAUAAGACGAUUGCACUGGUCUGGAAUCGUCCCUUAAUCACCACUGUAUGAAGCUGGCUUCAUUGCAUAGCAGCUCACAUUAAAAGCAUUUCUAUAUAUUCUAGAACAAUAAAUUCUUUCAUCAUCACA